UUUUUACUGCAAGUAGAGCAAGAACAUCAAACUAAAGCGUAUCGUUGUCGAAGUUCAAUUGGAGUUAUGACGUGCUUUUGCCUGUUCAUUUCAAAAUAUUGAUGUGAUGUGUGUGAAAAAUAAAGCUCAACUCGUGGCUAUUCUCUGAUAUCUGUUUUAUAUAACUCAGUGGUUAGGAAAGGAAACAGUUUGGACAUUGCUGAAUGACAAGAUGAGUUGGGGCCAUAUGUUGGUUGUAUUCAUGUCACUCUUAAACUGUGUAGCAAAAACACAGAGAUACAGAUGGGGCGCCUGGCAAACGUGGUCAGAAUGCAGCGAGCCUUGUGGUAAAGGUAUUGAGACGAAAACUCGUCCAUGUUAUACAACAAGUAGUAGAGCAAACAAGAUCGUUUCUUCAAGAUGGUGUCGUGGACAUUCAUUUGAGUUUCGCUUUUGCUAUAAAAAGGAUUGCGAAGAAGAAAAAGCCUCUCCCAAAGUUACUUAUCAAGAUGCAUACAGGACUCGAGCAGAGCAAUGCACUGAAUUCAACAGAAAAGCCUACAACGGUAGAAAUAUUAAAUGGAAACCCUAUUUAAACGAUAACUUAGAUGAGUGUAAACUGUUUUGUAUGGCUGAAGAACACAAAUUUUACGCACAACUAAGAAAUUCAGUAAGAGAUGGAACUCCCUGUGUAACAGAUCACUCGAAAGUUUGCAUAAAGGGAAAAUGUCAGGAUAGACCAUCAGGUUGUCCUACACUAGACGGGCCCUGUCUUAGUGGAAAAAAGAAAAAAAUUCUCGGAGUUUUUAAUACUACUAUACUAAACACAGGUUACAAUUUAGCGACAACCAUACCUAAUGGUGCUACAAACAUCACUGUCGAAGAACUGGAAAGAUCACGAAAUUAUUUAGCUUUGAAAUAUCAUGAGAGUGGUGAAUAUCUUCUCAAUGGCCAUUGGAUGAUAAGUUUAUCUAAGACAUUCCAAAUACUUUCAUCCAACGUAAUUUACGACAGAAAUGGUAACACUCGACGUGGAAGAGAGGUGGUCACAAUCGAUGGUCCUUUAGAAAAGGCUCUUGAUAUUAUGGUGCUCUAUCGAAGAGACUUGACUGUUUUAAAGUAUUCAUACUUCGUCACAGAAAAAGAAUAUAAUAAACUCAAAAUGAAGCCUCUAAACAACGGCGAGCAUCUAUUUUUUCCCAAAGCUAAAACAACGUCUGUGCCUACAUACCAACAACAAAAAAACGAAGGGGAUGUCCUCGCCGAACAGGGAGAAUCAAUUACAUUCAAAGCCGGAGAACGCGUCGUUGAAAAUGUCGGUGAGCAAAGAGAAACCCAGCAGUCUAGUAUCGAUCAUAGAGAAAGUGAAUCUGUGCCUUUUCUAUCUGCACGACGUGGAAGGCCGAGAAGUGAAAGAAGAGGUGACAUCACUCUCCCAAAUACAGGAGGACAUGGUUUUAACUAUCCUCAAGUUCAAACACGGAAACAAACAAGUUUGAAUGAGGAUGAAAACCAUGGGGACAAACAGGCAACAUUGUAUGGUUCAUCAUGGGUCCAAUUUGGAGGAGAUCCCAUACAGAGAUCGAGACAAGCGUCUCCAUCGGAAAGCCAACCUGCCGCGCGACCAGUUUUGAAGCAGCAAGUUUUCAAACCCAACAGAUUUACAGGUCACGCUACGGGGCAAGUUGGCUACAGAGCUGAAAAUAGAUUUGACAAAUCCGAUGCAGUCAGUUAUCAACGUGAACCGUGGGGACACCGGGGGUUUCGUACCGGUAUCACACGUAAUCAAAGACCGAGAUGGCAAAACACCGACUCGAAGAAACAAUUCUAUGCGAGCAGCCAAGCUAAAGACGGCGUGUCACACAAAUACUUGUGGAAGAUCGUAGCAUUUACACCUUGCUCGUCAUCUUGUGCUGGAGGUGUGCAAUCAGGGAUAGUGAAAUGUACCGAGGCUCUGACAGGUGCAACAGUUGCUGAUAGUAAAUGUAACUUGAACACUCGCAUUCAACAAACUAGACGUGUGUGUAAUCUACAACCGUGUCCAGCAACAUGGGAGCCACAAGAAUGGAAAGCCUGCUCCAAAAGUUGUGGAGAAGGUCGACAAACCCGAGAUCUUAUGUGUAAACAAACAAAAAAUGAAAACGGAGGAAAAGUGACAGUUAUGGUGCCAGUUGUGGAAUGUCCAUCGCAACGGAGACCGGAGGUGAUUAGAAACUGUUUCAUUAAAGAAUGCCCCGAACGAACUAGACCUAAAUGGGUUGUGGGAGACUGGAAAAAGUGUUCUGUUGAGUGUGGACAUGGGGUGCAGAAACGUGACUUGGUUUGCAAAAACACUAGAAAUGAGACGAUGGAUGAAUCCCAGUGCGGCUGGAUUAAAAAACCAACGUCAAUGAAAGCAUGUUAUCAAGGUCUCUGUAGGGCCGACUGGUACGUUCGCACCGAGUGGUCACAGUGUUCGCGCUCAUGUGAAAGUGGUACUCGCAGUCGCCCCGUCGUGUGUGCCAGAAUUGAGGGCAAUAAAAUACAAGAGAAACAUUGCAGAGAUAAGUCUAAACCAGAACAUGAACAGCAAUGUAAUGCUCAAAAAUGCGCAGGAAUGUGGAUGACAUCAGAAUGGAGUCAAUGUUCGGUGGACUGUGGUCAGGGUGUACAACAACGUCAUGUGUUGUGUAUGAAGAAUGUUAACGGCAAUUACAAGGAGACGUUUGACUCCGAGUGUUCGGUCGAUAAUAAACCCGCUGUACGAAAGGAAUGCAGUAGAAAUUGCGUCCCAAGUUGGUUUGCAACACCAUGGUCACAGUGUUCCCUGUCAUGUGGGACUGGAGUUCAAACUCGUCACGUAUCGUGCUUAGAUGGUCAAGGAACAAGAGUUGGAGGAUGUAAAGCUUGGGAACGACCUCCUUUGCGUCGUCAGUGCAAGUUGAAGAAGUGUCCUGGGUCUCAAACUGACACUACAUUGUCAAUUGAGUGUAGAGACAAUCCACCACGCACAUUUAAGCGUUACUGCCACAUUAUCAAGAGAAUCAACUAUUGUCGUAUACCAAGUUAUGGUAAGCGCUGUUGCGAGACCUGCUCAAGCAAGGGAAAAAUUCUUGGGCAUUUAUGAAUGAUAUAAGGGUUAGAAAAAUGAAGAAUGGAUUCCAAGAUUAUGAAGGAAUGCCACUCGAGGGAAGAUAACCAUUGGCAUUGAUAAAAGACUGACAUAUGUUCAUCCUUUCUAAAACAGAACAACCUUUAAAGAACAAUAAAAGAUUCAGGUGUUUUUAUUUCCAUCUGAUAGUUUUAUCAAAAAUAACAAGGAUAUAUUAAUAUAUCAUUUUGUAUUAGUGAUUUAUUCAGUAUGUAUACAUAUAAUUGGCAAUGACUAGAUUUAUUGUGUACGAACUUCUAAAAAAGAUAUUAUCAAGUUCUGGCCCUCUUCUUAUUAGCAUUCCUGCAUAGUGCACACCUCAUGCCUAAUUUCAAUGUAAUAAGCUUCAAAUAUAUUAUAAUAUCAGGAUAAUGUAUUUGCAAAAUUCGCAGUGUGUAUUUAGAUGUAUUGAAGCAAAAAUAUUGUAUUGCCAGUGGCACACAACAA